AUAAAUUUUAAACCUCUUCUGCCAAACACAGAGCAUCAGGCAACUGCUUUCACUGCUUUUUGCCGCCAAUCGCCACGUGAUAAGUUCUACAUUUUUGCAUAAUAAUUCUCAUAAAUGAUUACUACUACAUCAGGAAAUUAAAAAUAAAACAAUAUGAAACAUUGCAGAUUAAAAUUGCUGUCGAUUUUCAUAUUAUAUCUAGCAACAUGCUCAGCACAAUUUGUCGAUGAAAUGCAGUCUCUAGAGCCCACAUGCUUUGAGGAGGGAGCAUUCUUCUGCUUGGGUGGCGGCUGUAUCACAGCUGAUAGAUAUUGUGAUGGAUUUUAUGAUUGCGAAGAUGGUAGCGAUGAAAACUUUUGUUCGAGCCACCUGCCAGAUGCGCAAUACUGCAACCAGACCCACCAAUUCCUGUGCGGGGACUCUCACAAGUGUGUGCCAGCAACGUGGGUGUGCAACAAUGAGCUGGACUGCGAUGACGGCAGCGACGAAGUCAACUGCACCAGUCCUCAUGUCAAUGAGAAUUCCACGUGCAAAGGGUUCCUAUGUGACGGCGAGCGCUGCAUCUCGACGCUGUGGAUGUGCGACGGCAAGUACGACUGCGACGACAAGACCGACGAGGACAUACAUGAUACUUGCAGACACGCGCUACACGGUCGUCGCGUGAACGACGGUGUGAACUGCCCCAGUGGCACACCGCAGAGCGCCGCCGAGAUGGAGUACGCGUGUACGGACGCGUCGUUCUGCGUCCCCGCCCACCGCAUGUGCGACGGGCUGAAAGACUGUCGCGACGGCAGCGACGAGGGAGAGUUCUGCGAACACUGGUCCACGAUGUGCGACAACGUGACGUGCGCCGGCGGGUUCUGUGCGGCGUCGCGUGCGGGCGCGGAGUGCCAGUGCGGCGCGUUACAGCGGUACGACGGCGCGCGGUGCGGCGCGGCCGACCAGUGCGCGCUGCCCGCGCCCGUCUGCUCGCAUACGUGCGUGCACCGCGGUGACCAUUAUACGUGCCAGUGUGACGACGGAUACGUCCCCGACCGCGCUAACUACCUCUGCUUCGCGCCAGAACCAGAAGCGAUAUUGUUCUUCAGCACCCGCAACGAAAUCCGAUACAUCAAGGUCCAUUCUAAGCUGCAGGGCAUCAUCGUAGGCGACGUUAAGAAGGCUCACGGCGUGACGUUCGACGGCAGGCACGUGUAUUGGGUGGAGACGGCGCAGGGCCACCAGGCCAUCGCGCGCGCGCUCUUUGACGACGUCGCCGCCACUACACAGGUUGUGGCGGCGCUGCGUCUGUCGUCACCGGCGGACGUGGCGGUGGGGGGCGGGGCGCUGUACUUCAGCGACGCGGACUGGGCGGCGGUGGGCGUGUGCACGCUCGACGGCGCCGUCUGCCGCACGCUGUUCGCCAACACGCAGCAUCCGAGAUUCGUCACGCUCAAUCCGAGGAAAGGUGACAUGUACUGGGCGGAUUGGAAGGAGAACCCUGUCCUAUACACUGCCAAGAUGGACGGCACAGGUCAAGAUAUACUGGUACCCGACUUGGAGACGUUUGCAACUGGCCUGGCCUUGGACGCGCCUAAUGACCGGUUGUACUACGUCGACCAGACCAUCAGAGUCGUGAGGCUUGCUGAUAAGAAGGUCUAUACGCUGUUCUCUGAGCCGUUCCACCACCCGUACGCGCUGGCGGUGUUCGAGAACACCGUGUACUGGAGCGACUGGACGUCCAACACGCUGCAGGCCACCGACAAGAUCCACGGCGCCGCCAACCGCCGCGUGCUGCUCAGUCUCGACGUACCGGUGUUCGACAUGCACAUCUACCACCCGGUGGAGCAGCGCGCGCACGCGUGCAGCAACCACACGUGCUCGCACCUGUGCCUCGUCGCCGGCCCCGCGCACGCCGUCUGCGCCUGCCCCGACCACAUGAUACUGCGUGAUAACACCUGCAUCAUGCCGGCGGGUUACCGGCCGCCAUAUUUAAUCGUGGGUGCGGGUGCGACGCUGACGCGCGUGCAGUACGCCGCGCUCGGCAGCGCCGACGCCGACCGCGUCACGCUCGACAUCAGCCGCCUGCAGGCCAUGGCGUACGACAACGUAAGAGACACCGUGUACGUGUACGACGGGCGGCGCAAGACCAUCAACUACCUCAACAUGAGCAACUUCCAGGCCGGUAUCGCGCACCUCUUUCUCUACGAGGGUAUGGAGAACGUCAUCGACAUGGACUUUGAUUUCAUAUCGGACACACUAUACGUGUUGGACGCGAGCCGUCGCGUGGUGGAGGCGAUAUCGGUGCGCAACAAGAUCAAGGCAUUCGUGCACUUCUUCGACGAGCAGGAGACGCCCAUCAGCUUCUGUGUCAUCCCACAACAUGGCACAAUGUUAGUUGCGAUAAUGGUGAACGAGGACUCGAACUACAUCUUUGUGGACUCGAUGGGGUUGGACGGGUCGGGCCGCAAGCGGUUCCCAAUCACCAACCUCGUCGGCCCGGCGGUCCGCAUGCGGUACAGCCCCGACACAGAUCUCGUCUACUUCACCGACGAGGGCCGCAAUAUCGUCGAGACUAUACAUCCAUCUGGCACGGGUCGCGAGGCGUUCCGUCGUCACGUGGCGGGCGCGGCGAGCCUGGCGGUGGCGGACACGCACGUGUUCUGGGCGGACCGCCGCGCCGCGCGCCUUUACUGGGCGCACCCGCACGACGCCGCCAUGCGCACGCGCAGACUCGACUUGGCGAUGUACUCAAACGUGUCCCACCUGUAUCUGCAACUGGCGGCGCCGCGUGCGGACGUAGCUGCGUUCCGUACGCACCCGUGCAGCGCUGCGCCCACGCCGUGCUCGCACGUGUGCGUGCAGGCGCCGCACAUUGAGGCCAUAGCGCCACACUACCGCUGCCUGUGCCCGCCCGGCCUAGUACCUGAUGGCGACAGCUGCGUCGAGCGCCGCCGCUGCACCGCUCACGAGUUGUACUGCCACAAGAGCAAUAAGUGCCUGUCGCAGUAUAAGAAGUGUGAUGGGAUUAAGGAUUGCAAGUACGGGGAGGACGAGGUUGGCUGUCCGGCUUCUAUGGAGACAACCGUUUGUCUGUGGGAUCAGAUCAACUGCCACGGAAACUGCAUCUCCAGGAACUCCGUUUGCAAAGACAUCGCGACACCAGAAAUAAUGACGUGCGGCGCGUCGGAGCAGCGGUGCGACGACGGAGCGUGCGUGUCGCGGGCGCUGGCGUGCGAUGGCCGCGCCGACUGCGCCGACGGCUCGGACGAGCGGCCCGACGUGUGCGACACCAUCGCCUGCCUCAAUACUGAGUUUAUGUGCGAUUCAGGAUCGUGUAUUCCUGUGAUGUGGCGCUGUGACAGAGUCGAGGAUUGUACGGACGGCUCGGAUGAAGUUGGAUGUGCGAACACGACGUGCGGCGCGGAGGAGGUGUCGUGCGGUGACGGUGCGUGCGUGCCGUUGGCGCGGCGCUGCGACGGCGCGCUUGACUGCGCCGACGGCACCGACGAGGACGGCUGCGACGACACCGACGUUAUAGUUAAGCCGCCAGUGGAGGUGUCGUGUCAGCCGUGGGAGUAUGUGUGCGAGCACAACAGGACCAUUUGCUUGCCCUACACGGCGCGGUGUAACGGUCGCGUGGAGUGUCCGGGCGGGAGCGACGAGGCGGGGUGCGAGGUGCGGUGCGCGGCGAGCGGCGAGUUCGCGUGCGCGCAGGAGGUGCGCUGCGUCGGCCUACAGCGCGUCUGCAACGGCUGGCGGGACUGCGCUGACGGAUCCGAUGAGACGCCCGAUGCAUGUGCCAGGGUGAACAAGACGAGCGUGCUGGAACAGAAGCUGCUGGCGCUAGAGGAGGCGGCGUGCGCGCGCGGCUACCGCUGCGACAACAGCCAGUGCGUGGACUGGGGCCAGGUGUGCGACGGCGCGCCCGACUGCAGCGACGCCACUGACGAGGGCGGCCUGUGCUCCACCCUCUGCACGUUAAACUGCACGCACGGGUGCGCGCGCAGCCCACGCGGCGGACACUGUACGUGCCCGCUGGGGUACGUGCGUCGCGGCGUGUUCGGCGAGCGCUGCGAGGACGUGGACGAGUGCGGCGAGCGGGUGUGCGCGCACGCCUGCCGCAACACGCCCGGCUCCUUCCUCUGCUCGUGCCAUCCAGGAUACAUGCUUAGACCCGACCGGCGCUCGUGCAAGGCGGCGGCGGGCGCGCUGACGCUGCUGUACGGCGCGGGCGGCAGCGUGCGUGCGCUGUCCCGCUCGCACCACCACGAGCUUGUGUACGACGAUCCGUACAACCAUACCGUCACCGACGUCGCCUAUAAUGUGCUAAAAGAAAAACUAUACAUCGCGUCGUACGAUGGCGAAAAAAUAGUGGAGGUGAUACGGAAGGCGGACACCAACGUCGUGCUCGCUACCACCGUCGUCACCAACAUCGGGAAACCCACUAAGGUGGCGGUGGACUGGGUGACGGACAACGUGUACUUUGCGGACGCAUCUGCGGGCGCGGAUGGCGCGGGCGGCCGCGUGCGCGUCUGUCACGUAUCACGCAAGCGCUGCGCCACCAUCAAGCGACUUAAUCCUUAUAUCCAGGUGUCAGCCCUAGAAGUGGAUCCUAUAAAUCGCGUGAUGUUUUACUGCCUCACUCGUGCCGAGGACGCGGCGGUCCGGUCAUCGGACCUGGCGGGGCGGGGCGCGCGCGACCUGGCGUCCGUGCCGUCCUGCAGCGGGCUCGCGGCCGACGUCCACGCCAGGACGCUGUACAUCGCCAGCCCCAAGACCUCCGCUAUUCUGCAGGUUGAUUACCAGGGGAAUACGCUGUCGACGGUGGUAUCUGUGGACGGUCACCUGCGGCGCCUGCAGGGGUUGGCGCUGUUCGAGGCGCACGCGUACUUCGUCAGCGGCGGCGCGCUCGCACACUGCGAGCUAUUCGGCGCGCACGCGUGCGGCACGGUGGCGCGCGCGCCGGCCGCCGCGUUCACAGUCCGUCACGAGGCGACGCAGCCCGGCGCGCCGCCCGCGUGCCGCGCCGCCCACUGCGCCAACAUCUGCGUGCAGGACGGCACCUCGCACGUCUGUGUCUGUCAGGACGGCAGCCUGCCGCGGAACGGCGUGUGCCCCGCCUUCCCACAGACCGAGCUGGCGCUAUUCAACGGGUCGCCGGCGGCGGCCGCGCGCGGCCACGCGGUGUCGGGCGCGCUGGCGGGUGGCGUGGCGGCGCUGUUCGUGCUGUACCUGCUGGCCUGGCUGCACCAUGCCCGCAACAGGCGCAAGGCCAACGCGCCGGGGAACUACUUGCAGGUUCGGUAUGACAACGCCGCUGGAAUGACUCGAGUAACAGCCCCGAUAGAAAUGCCAGCAACAACUAGUGCGACUGGCCAUGAAUUUAUCAACCCACUGCAGUUUGUGAGAAACGUAUGGCGCGACUCGUUCCAUGGGAAACCGAGACCUGUUGGUACUGCUGGACUGGUGAUAGACCUGCAACAAGAUCUGUCUGACACAGAGUCGGAUCUGGACAUCCGAGAGAACAAGAGACUGUUUGCUAAAUAAAUUUAAAUUAUUAAAAUUACUAAGUUACUCGAGUAAAGAGUAAUUUAUGCAAGAUGUUAUUGUAUAUUUGUUAUGAUAUUUUAUAAAUUUUGAUAAAAUGAGUUAUAUUUUAUACUUUGUGAUGUAUAUUUUAUCAUAUUUUUAUAGAAAGUGUUUAUUCUAAAAAUAAAUCAAUUCUGUUUUUAUAUUCCUAACCCUAUAAUGUAUUAGGUACAAGAAAAUUAUGUAUAGGCAU